AUGUUCUUCUUCCCCCAACUGGCGUUCCCGAUGAAUCCCGGUUUGUUUUUAGAUGUAAAACUUUUUCAAUAAAAAACAAUUUUGAAGAGGGAUCUACGAUUGAAGUCAUGAUCGAGAUGGAUUCGAUUGAUGGGUACGCCCGGGACGUUCAUGCUCAAAUUAUGGCCCUGAUUCCUUCGGAGCUCACCAGCACCGGAUUUAUCACUGCCGAUGAGUUCGUCAUCAUGACCAAGUGAGUUUUUUCUUCUUUUUUUUUUAACCAAAAAUUGAAAUUUUGUAGCUGAAACUUCAAAAAUCUUUUAAUCACUUUUGAGAUUUUAAAAAGUGAGAGAAAAAGAAAACCCGUUCUCAAGUAAUUACACGUUGCCAACUUUUCCGCUACUUGUCCUCGAAGUUUUCAAAAAAGGAAACGUUGAUAUUUUAUUAUUUCAUUAGUCAGCCCUGGUACAUCUAUUUUCGCUCCUUAAAAUCCAAAUUUAUCAAAGUUAUCAUUUGAGAUGGCUGCUGAAGAUGCGGCUCGACGAGAUCCGUCGUCAGCGAGGAAUCGGAUGCCAGGAAGACCACCUAGAUUUCGGCGAAAUCGAGAUGCCGUGGCCACUGGCACGGGCCAUCAAUGCGAUCGGCGUCACCUCGGUCGCCAACAACGUCGUGAUUCUCGUGCCGACGACUCCGCCGGCUCCACUUGACAAGGCGCUCUACAUCCGCAACUCCAUGACGCCGAUGAUUUUCUACCGAUGGUACAAAUGCUUGGCCAUGCUUCGGCUGACAAAGCGGCCUGAGUGGCAGCCCGUGUUUCUCAGCAACAACUUCGACGGAGGCGUCUUUUGGGCACUCAAGGUGUGUUUUUUUGUUUUCUACACAAAUUCUGAAAAUCUUUCCGACUCUCACAAAUUCUGAUGGUUUUUUUCCAACUUUUCUGAUAAGCUAGAAAGUUGUGAAGGUCUACAUCACUAAGUAAACUGGCAGAUUCCCAGAAAACUUUGUUCAAAAACUUAAACGAGACUUCUUCAGGUGGUCAACGAGAAGAACGAAGUGCCAAAGAAUCGUCACGAGAAGAACCUUGGAAUCGUGGCGUCUUUUUCGGAGAUUUCGGUGGAAGACGUGGCCAUGGCGGUCGCAGUCUUCCUCGGGGUUCAGUUCGAUCCCGUUUCCAAGGACCUCCACUACCAGAGCCGCCACCCUAUCGGGGACGUCGGAGCCUUCCGCACCGCUCUUAUUAACAAUCUUCCGCCUCACACAAGUUCUUAA